AUGAAGGACCGAUUCCCGCCAAAACUAUGGCUUAGCCGGGCCCAUAUUCUGGGUGGUGUUGGACAGUGCAAUCGGGCUCAUGGGCCUGGAGGAGCCGAAAUUGGUUCUGGGUUACUGCAGCCUAACCAUGCAUUUCGAGCACAAGAAGCCCAAUCAAUUCUUCGAGCUAUGCCAUCCUUCGACUUGACUGGUCCACGAAGCGUGGACGGGAGGAGUUAG